GAAAAUAUUCCGCUCAUGUUGUUUACAUGUUGGUUUUUUAUCGUUUCACUUCACUACUUCACGGUUCACAAUUUAGUGGCAUUAGCCAUUACCCAUUUUUAGGGAUAUUUAUUCUAGUAUUAGUUAUUAUUAUUCAAAACGUACUGUACCAUUACAAGUAGUAGGUCAGUAUAUUUUUUGAGUCAAUCGACUCGACCGCAAAUCAGUCUUACAAUAGACUGAUUGCGAAUCGAUUUUGGUUAUUCUUCGAGUCUCAUCGUUUGGUUAGACAUUUCCAAUGGGUAAGUAUUUACAGAUCUCCAUGAAUAGUUAUAGAAAUCGGCCAUCUGUAGUAAUAGUAUGUUUUCUUUAUGCAUUACAGGUAAAACUGAAAUUAAACUGCAAGAUUGAACGUGUACUGCAACUGCCCUAAUUAUGUCUGUCCACUAUAAAUUCAAAUCUGCCAUUUCUUAUGACACUAUAACUUUUGAUGGUCUUCACAUAUCUGUUAAGGAUUUGAAAAAGGCGAUUCUUCAUCAAAAGCAGAUUGGUAAAAAUACGGAUUUUGAUCUACAGGUCACCAAUGCUCAAACUAAUGACGGUAUGGACAAUUAAAUAAACAUUUAAAAACCUGUUCAACUGAUUGAAGAUUCAUUUUUUUCGUCAAACUAUUAUUCAAUUUAUAUCAGUCACUAAAACCUAAAUGAUUUUCAUUCUUCUAUAAAUUUGUUUGGUUUAACUAACUGGUUAAUAUUCUUUAAAAAUAUAAUUUAAAAGAUAUACUAAUUGGAAAAAUUACUAUUGAAGACUAGAAACAAAUAUAUAUAACAAUUAUUUGACAAUAUAUCAACAAUGAUAACACCAUUUUAACCCUGUAUUCCUUUAUCAAACCAGAAACAAUGUAUUGAAAUUCACUUAAAACCCAUGCAAAUUAAUACAGUUUAAAUUUGUUAAAAAAACGCAAUCCAUUUUGUUUUAGAACUAAAAUAAUUUUGGUUUCAAUAUUUUGUUUUUGUUCUUAAAAUCAUAAAUUGUGAUUUCGGUUUCAUUUGUGUUUAUUUUCUGAUAUAACUGGUUAGUUCAGUAACCAGGUUUUCACUGGUUUGAGACUAAUUUAUAUACACCAUAUAAAACCCCACUAAUAAUAACAUACAAUAUUUAUCAUUGUAAUGAUAUUAAAUUGAUUUAUUUUAUCCACUAAAAGAAUUGGUCAGUAAAAUGUAUUAGUUAUUAAAGUAGUUUUUUAAAUUGUUGAUUAAAACAGUAAUAAUAAUUAUUAAUGUGUUUUAAUAGUUGAUUUUAUUCAGUAUUCUGUAUUAUGACUUUAAGUUAGGAACUGUAAUAAAUUAUAAAGAAAUAGAUAUUUUUUUUUUUUCUUGUUCGUCCCAACUAUUUUUGAUGUUGGCUACCCUUGUACUAAACUUCUUUUUAUCUUUGAUCUCCCACCUCGCAUACAUAGGCUGUCCUCAUAUUAAUCUCAAUCACAUUCAACUGACUUUUUCAUUUUCAUUUUCCGUCUUCAAACGUUUAUUUUUGUUUCAAUUGCUACUGCUUUUGAUUCCUCUCCCCAUAACAUGCAUAACCAUUUCAGUUUAUUUUCUCUCAUUUUGACUACUAUCGAUACACCAUAAAAACUACUUUAAGAAAGAAGUAAUAGAAAUAUAGAAUACCUACAGUAGUUAAGUACCUAAAGAAAUAGAUACUUAACUAAAUAUUAAACUAAACUUUUUAAUGAUUUCUAAAAUUUAAUUUAUUUUAUGGAGUUUAUAAUGAUUGAAUUUAUACAAAUGAUCCACUAUAUCCCAAUGAUUACCUAACAUUAUUUAACUAUCACAUUAACAUGAAUUUUGGUUUUCAAAAUGAACUGUAUUCAUUAUUCAUUAAAAAAAUUAUAAACAAUAUCUAUAUUAAAAAAUUGUUAAAUAAGUUUUAUAAUGGAAAAUUAAAAUUUUUAAUUACAAUAAUGUUAAAAAUGUUUUUGUUUUUAAUAAAUGUAAGUUAUGACACUAAUGUAUAACCAUUGUAAAUGUUAAAUUGUAUUUAUGUGUUUUAGAAUAUAAUGAUGACCAAACUUUAAUUCCAAAAAAUACAUCAUUGAUUGUAUCAAGAAUACCACUUACAUCGCAACAGAAAAAAGCAUGGUAAAAGAAUUUUAAAUCUUGAGUUUCUUAGUUUAUAUUUAACUACUAUUUCUUAAUUAGUUUUAAUCCAAUUAUUUAACAGACUUUUUGUUUUUAAUUAGAAUUAUUUUUUUUGGACAUUUUAGGGAAAGAGCCGAACAAAACAAUCAACUUGUCCUUUCUAAACAGGUAUACAUUUAUUUUAUAAGUUUUAAUAAUUUAUGCCAUAAUUUUAUUUUGCUAAUUAUAUUGAUUUUGAUUAAAUAGAUAUUAAAUUUAGAUUCACAUGAACCAGAUUCUGUAAAACUAAAGGUAUGUUAACCAAAUUUUAUUUGAAAUAAUACAUUAAACAUACAUGUAUUUUAUAAUAUUUGAAUUGAAAUUUUACUAGGGUGCAGAUUUACUUGGUUCAGAUGCAAGCGAAGAAGAUAAAAUUAAUGCUAUGAUGGCACAAUCAACACAGGAAUACGAUCCCUCUAAGUAAAUAAAAUAUUGUAAUAAUAAAAUAUAUUAAAUGUAUAUUAUGCAUAUAUGCAGUACCUUAAAAAUAUAUUUUUGUAAACAUUUUUAUAUAAACUGAAUAUUUAUAAUUCAUAGUGUUUUUAGUAUUUUCUUAAGUAAAGAAAAAUUGUACAAGUAAUCUUACCAUCCCUUCUAUUUUUAAAUUUAUACUAUACUUUUUUGUUAUAAAAUAGUUAUCAAGUAUAUGAAUAGUCUUUAUUUUCUCUUUUCAUUUCAGUUUUGUUAAAAUUCGAGGAGGAAACCAGUUUGGAGAAGUACCUCAAAAUUAUAUAUGUCAUAGAUGUCACAAUCCUGGUCAUUGGAUAAAAAAUUGUCCUAACAAUAAUACAGUUUCAGUAAGAUUAUUAUUAAUUAUUAAAACUACUUUAACUAACUAUCAAUUUACUAUUAACUUAUUUAUGAAGGAACCAAUUGACAUUAAAAAAGCUACAGGCAUUCCAAGAGGAUUUUUAGUACCAGUUGAUGGUCCAUCAGUUCCAGGAGCAAUGUUAACUGGUUUAGGUACAUUUGCAGUCCCUAGCAUUGAUCAGUAUGUAUUUUUAUUUAUUGUGUGUAUUUAUUCAAUUAAUAUUUAAUACUUUUUAGGGAAGCUUAUAAACAAUGUAUGAAACCACAAAAAAAGCAGGAAACAGAAGAAGAAGAGAAAGUCAUAAUUCCUGAUGAUUUAUUGUGUAAUUUGUGUUCUGAUUUAUUGACAGAUGCUAUUAUGAUGCCAUGUUGUGGAACUUCAUUUUGUGAUGAAUGUAAGAAUAUAUUUUUUUAAACUUCAAAAACUAAAUAAAAAAAUGUCAUGUAUUUAUCUAUUCUAGGUAUUCGGAAUGCCCUUUUAGAAUCUGAGGAAAAUGAGUGUCCAGACUGUCAUGGAAAAGAAAUAUCACCGGAAACAUUAAUACCAAAUCGAUAUUUACGGAAUGCUGUUAAUAGUUUUAAAGAUAAAACAGGUUAUAGUAAACGUAUAGAAGUAUCAAAAGAAAAAAGCGAUCCAAUUGAAGACCAGCCAUUAGUUCCCCAGAUAGAUAAUAUUGAACCAUCAAAAGAUGGUAAGUUAUACAAUUUAAAUGUAUUCCUUUUAUUAACGAUUGAUUUUCCAUUGUUUCAUAAUAACUUUUAUUCUUUAUUUUUUAUCUUUCAUGGAUUUUGACUUAUAUUAUUUCUUUAUUUUCCUAUUCUUCAUUCAAUUUAUUUAUUAAUUGUUUACAAUUUUAUAUUUUGAUUUCAAUAUUAUAAGUAUAAUUAUAUUUGUAUACAUUAUACAUUUUUAAACAAAAUUACAAGAACAAAGUUUUAUUUUAAAUUUAUUUUUUGUUUAGUCCUCUAUGGCACUUUUGUACCAAGAAUUACAAACUAUAUCAAAAUUAAUAAAAAAAAUCAUUUUUUUUUUUUUUUUUUUUUUUUUUUUUUUUUUUUUUUUUUUUUUUUUUGAGAUUUCUAUAUUACAAUAUUUUAAUACAUACCUAAUAUAUAUAUAUAUAUAUAUAUAUUUAUGUACCUAUUAAAAGAAAUUAAUGAAAUAUAUAAUUUUCAUUAAAUACCUACUGAAUGACAUAAUUCUUAUUAUGGAUCUUAAAAAUUUACAAUUAGUAGUGGUGUGAACAUUAAUCGGGAUUAUCCAGAUUUUAGACAACGAAAUCCGGAUUUCCGACUUAAAAUUCUGAGAAUUCCAAUUUUGGCUUUCAAAGUUUAAGUUAUAAAUUUUUUUAAUUUAUUAUAUAUACUUUAAAUUUUUUUUUUUAUUUUAAAAAUUUUAUGUUAAAUGAUUAAAAUAUGUAUUAUUAAUGUCGGAUUUUGAAAAUUUGGAUUUUUCCAACCACUGCCAUUUACUUUGUUAUGUGACUAUAUGCAUAAUUUAAAAUUAUUUUGUUAUGUUCAUCUAAGUGAUAAUAUUAACUUUUUUUUUUCAUAGUUUCAAAGUAUUUCCAGGAUUGAUAAUAAUUUUAUAAAUUUCUAUUCGCCAAAGGAAUUCCAAGUACAAUACUCUAUUUUUAUCCUAGGUCGUCCUGUAUUCUUUGAUCCAACGUCCUAUUCGUUUUCAAAUUAAUUUAGUUACAUCAUUUAGAAUUUGCCUUUCAGAAGUGAUCAUUCCAGUUAAGACACAAACACCACCGCCUGUAACUUCAACUGAAGUACCCAGAGAUGAGAUUUAUCAAAAAAUUGUUGCUGUUGGUGACUCUAUUGAUAAAACUCGACGAAACUACUCUGCAAUUGACACAAUCCAUAAUAAUAUUAAUAACAAUAAUUCGCAUAAUCAUUCUAAUUUUAAGACUCAAAAUCAAUCUCAAGGUCCUCCCGUAUCUGUAAGCAAUAUUAAUCGUCCCAAUAAUUCAAAUAUGCAUAUACCCGUACAUAGUAAUUUUCAAAAUAAUCGACAUACUUUGACAAAGUUAAGUGAAAGUCGUGUGUCUCAUAAUAUGCCACGAUUCAAUUCACAAUCUUUAUCCAUUCCCCCUCACCAUCACUUGCGCAAUUGUUUGCCCGUAGGGCCCGCAGAUAUUUCAGUGCCACCACCUCCUUUUGCCCACCCACCUCCUUCAAUGCAACCUGAUGCUGGCUACAGUCAAAUGCAACCGUAUGUUUUUAAAUAUUUAUUUACCGUUAUUUGAUAUCAUAAAAAUGAUUUUCCUAAAACAUGUUUUUUUUAGAAUGCAUAAUAAUCCUCCACCGCCUGGAUUAGAUAGAAAUAGUAGCCCGGCUAAUGCUUCAUCAGAUGAAGGGAUGCAUCCUCCUGAGUUAACACACCAUCAAAUGGAUAAAUUUGAAAACCCAACUGGAAAUCUUCAGCCAAUGAUGAGACCCAGUUAUCCUGCAGGUAUUUAGUAUUUAAUUUUAACAAACUAUACAUUUCAAUAUUUAACAUGUGUAAUAUAUUUAUUUUAUUUAUAGGUUAUUAUCCACCACCUAUAUCUAAUUAUGAUCCAUAUAAUAAUAUGCCUAUGGAUAUAAGAAAUCAUCGGGGUUUUCAUCGUGGAUAUAGUAGAAGACCUACACGUGGACAACCUAUGGGAGGAAACUACCGUCCUGAUUUUCGUAAUGGCGGAAAUUAUAUAAAGUAAGAUUACUAAUACUUCUCUUUUUUGAAAGGGGAGGUGACGUUGGCUACCAAGUAAAAUAUUUUCAUCUUCGCCCAAAUGCAAAGUAUUUUACUCAUAAUUACACUCACUUGCCAAAAAUUUAAGUAAUAUUGAAUACCAGUUGUUAAAUUUGAAUUUUAUUUGUUAUAUUCCUUAAAUAGGAUUUACUAAAAUCCAUGUUAAAUUUUCCAUGAAAUACUUUUUUUUUCAAAAAAUGGUUUGUGUAAAAACUUUUUGAAUUCAUAUAUUCUGUUACAUUAUUAGUGAUGUGCCUUGGGUAUUUACCCAAGGCACAAAUACCUGAUGCAUAAAAAAAUAUUUUAGGUAUUUUCUGUAAUACCCAUGGGUUUAUUUACUUACCCUAAAUUUGAAAAUAAAUAUUUUUUUUUAUAUGCUUAUCAUGGUUUAGUCUUUUCUAUUGAUUAACUGUGUAAUAGUUACUUAAAAUGAAAAAUGAAAUUAUAUUGUUAAAUUUGUUCUACUAACUACAUAUAAUAUUAUUUAUUGUUAUUUGUUAUCUAAAAUUGAAAUUUUAUAUUUACAGUAUGAAUAGUAUGACGAAUAAAAAUAUUUUUAUGAUAAUAAAAUGUAUUUUGUCAUUCAUAUACUUAACUACAAAAUAUUUUAUAUUUAGAUUUUGAACAUUUGACAGUUUUUGUCCUUUUGUAAAUAUGUGAUAUUUCAUUAUGUACUAAAUAACUAUAGGAAUUUAAAAUACCAAAUAUUGAACAAUUUGGAUGUAUUUAUAUUGACUAUAUUGUAUAAUAUAAAUAUUAAUUCAAGGUUCCUUUACCUUGAAUUUACCAUAUUAUUUUCAAAUCAUAAAUAUAACGGCUUUUUAAAAAUUAAAAACUAAAAAUUUUGAAAUCCAAAAUCUGGAUAAUCUAGAUUUGUGUCACAUCAAUGACAUAUGUAAAUGAUUCUCAACAUUAUUCAUAUAAUAAUAACUUAAUCACAACUAAUUAGUACACACCUAUGUGGUAUCACCUACCAUCCACCCUUUAAAAAGAUAUGACUGCUAUAACACUUUUUUUGAGUAUUCAACACCACUACCCUAAUAAAUUCUAUGCUCAGACAAUUUAGGAAUAUUUCAAGUACCUAUAAAAUGAUAAUUUUACAUUGCCCAAAAUGUUUGGACUAUUACUUCCUCUCUUCAAUGUUAAUUUCCUGGAUCAUCUUAUGACUUUCAUUCCAAUGAUAUUCUAGUUGUAUUAUUCUCACCUCUUUUCAUUUUAUGACCUAGCAAUUAUAUUCUUUGACUCUUAAUAAAAAUAUUUCAGGUACCUGCUCCAUACUUUUUUAUGAGUUCUGUUGGGAUAUCAACAGUUUUUUUUAUUAUAAAUUAUAAUUUCAAAAAUACAUAUUUUAAUACCUUAUAAAAUCCAGCAACUUGUUAUUCAUAUAAAGAAUAUCUUCUCCUUCACCUUCAUCCCAACUAUUUAAGGUCAGCCACCUUCGUUCUAAACUUCCAAUUGAAAAGAUAUCCACCUUGCCUACAACAUCCUCAUAUAAUUUUCAAUUACAUUCAACCACUCUUUUUCAGCCUUCUCUCCAUUGUUUUCCUCUUGCGUUUAUUAUGAUUACAAUGUUUACUGCUUCAGAUUCCUCUCUCCCCAUGACAUACUCAAACCAUCUCAGUAUAUUUUCUAUAGUUUGUAUACUAUUGAAGCCAUGCCUAAACUACCUUUUAUGUUCUCAUUCCUUAUUCCAUCUUCUCUUGUCACUCCAUUUAUCCAUCUAAGCAUUUUCAUCUCUGCUACACUCAUUCUCUAUUAUUUUUUCUGUCUCUUGCCCAAUACUUAUUCAGAACUUAACUUUGAAGUCUCAUUGGAAUUAUCUUGACACUUGAAACACAAAAUACCUGACACUUCUCUACAAUUAUCCUAUGUUUCACAUGAUAAUCAAAGCCCCUGUUUUUGGUACUAAAGAUAAGUACCUAGUUACUUAAAACUCUCAACUUCACCUAUAACUGCUUAUUGUCAUUAGAUGUCUUCAUUCAAACUCAUACUAAAAUUUUAUUUCUACUUAAUUCCUCAAGCCUAUUGUUAACUUAUUCCAGAAUAUAUACUAUCUGUAAAACAUGCAACCAUGAUACCUCCACUCACCUGUUGUCCCUGCACACAUUGAGAUGGGACAAUCGACCAAAGCUUUAUUUUGAAUUUUACACUGGCUAUCAAUUUGAUGCAACUCCAUCUGUCGCCUCUUACGACAGGUAGAGGCACCGUAAGAGUAUUCCCUUCCACAGGGAGAUUCAUAGAUCCACAAAGAAUAUAAUAUUUUGAAAUAUUAUAACUAAAAAAAAAACACUAUACAUAUUAAUAUUAGCUGAUUAUGUUUAAAAUAUGUUUUAUCUUUUUUUUAUAAAACAUUUAAUUUUUUUUAAGGUCUGAAAGAUUCAUUGAAACAGUUUAACUAUAAUUUGUUAUAUUAUUAUUUCAGUAAUAAAAGAACUAUAGAUGAUCCAUUAGCCGUAUUUCAGCGUAUACUUCGAGAACGUGAUAAUAAACGCCGUGAUAUGAGAGGUCGUCAUUCAAUGUCUAGGUCUCGAUCUCGGUCUUUGUCUCGUUCUAGGUCUAGAGAACGUUCUCGUAGUUUAAGUCGUUCACCAUCAAGAAUGAUUCAACAUAGACCACGUUCAAUAUCAAGGUAUUAAAAUAAAUAAUAAUUAUAACUUUAAAUAGUUAAAUUAAUUUUUCCAUUUCAUUUUUAGAUCACCAUUACUACGUAGAUCAAUAACUCCCAGACGCCGGACACGCACGCGCUCACGUAGUCCAAUUAGAAAACGCAAGAAGAGUUUAUCACCUGUAAAACGUUUACCAGCUAAAUCUAGAAGAAGGACACGUAGUCCAAGUCGUGAUAUACCAGGACGAAGAUCCCGGUCUUUAUCUUUACAUAGAAGGUAUUAUUAAAUAUAGAUGCAUUUAUUAUCUAUUUCAUGCAUACUUUAUAAAAAUAUUUAAUUUUAGAACUCGUUCAAGAUCUCGAUCUCCAACUCAUAGAAACCGAAUGUCACCAUCGCCUCGUUUUAGAUCAAGAUCUCCUUCUUUUUACUCUUCACCUGCUAGGUAAAUAGUUUUAAAAAUAUUAUUUUACUGGUGAAUAUUUCCAUAAAGCGUACAAAGCUAUUGUCAAUAUUAAAAUGGUUGAUACUUUUAAUUUCUGUGUUGGUAGUAAUUAUAUAGUUGUUAAUAUUAUUUUUAAAUUACAUAAGUAUAAGCCUUUAAAAAAGAACUAAUAUUGCUGAUGGACGAACUGCUGUUUUAGUUGGAAAAGUACUUUAAGUUAAUACAUUUUCAUCUGUUAAUGAAAAUAAAUCAUAACUAAUAAUAUACGGUUCUGAGUAAAGUUUGGUUAAAGAUUUUUUUCCUUAUUAUUAAAAAAAAAUCAAGAAGUUUCCUUAGUGCAUCACACUGAGGACAUUUUACUGUUCACAGCCAGAAUAAUUAUUGAGUUAAAAAAAAAAUAAUAAUAAUAAUAAUUUCUGAAUUAAGUCAGUCUGUCUGACAAUAAAGUUAUAAUUAUUAUUAUUUUAUUUGUAGAUUUAACAAUUAUCAUAGAGAAGAUGACAAUUAUGGACAUAAGGGAACUAAUUGGCGUGGUCGAGGAACUUGGAAUAAAGGACCCCAACCUUAUCAACAAUCACACAGGUACAGUUUUGUUGUAAAUGUUUUUGCAGUAUCUAGUACCGAUAGUGAGUUCAUAUUCGAACAAUGUAGAUUACAACCAGAAGGAAACCCAAUAAGCCAUUAUUACCAUCAAUGCCAAAGUGAAUUUUUUUAAUUCAACAUUUUUUUUCAUUCUCAAUAAUGGAAUUAUGCAUAACUACCAUGAAUACUCUAUUAGGUGUUGUUUAUUAUUUAAAAAUUAUGUUAUAUAUAUAAAUAGAUGUUUUUUAAUCGUUUCUGUGAUAAAUUAUAGUGAUUAUAUCUUUAUAAUUUAUGGUUUAUUAUACUUUUUUAGUCAAUUUUUCUUACGAUCUCAUAUAGUUACUUUUUUUUGUAGUUUUAUUUUUAUUCUGUUUGGUAUAAUUCAUUAGAAUGAACAAAUAUUUAAAAGUUUCCUAUUUCAUAAUUUAAAUAUUUAGUUUGAAUUCAAUUUUUUUCAAAUAUUUUUAAUGAAAUUAAAUUAUCAAGAUAAUAAAAUUAUUAGUCUAGUAUUCAAAUAAGAAUUCAAAAUUCACUUAUGUGUUAAGUUAAAUAAAUUCCUCAUAAAAAUAGUAUUAUUUUUUACAUACAGCUGAAAUAUAUUUUUAUUGAACUGCUUAUUUCAGCAACCCUUUAAGUAGAGAUAAUUUGAUUUAGAUAAUUUAUAAAACCUCCAUUAUAUAACUAAGCGUAAUAGGUUUCAAGGCCAUAGGAAAGGACAAGGAAACUAGUUCUCUAUUGAAUUUCUAUUUUAAAACAAUUAUUUGAAAAUAAAGCCACUGCCUACUUUAACAAAUAAAUUUAAAAUAGACUGGCAAUAAAAAUUGCAAAAUAAAUACAAAUUUUUUGUAUUUAAAUAAUUAUAAAACAAUCUUAAUCGAAGUACUCAUUUAAAUCAAUGUUUUCCAACAGUGAAAUUAUUAUAGUUUUAAUUACUAGAAUAAAAAACAUAUUCAUAAUUGUAGAGUAAACAAAUUGUGAAAAAAAUGGUUCACAGAUUGGUUGAUAGGUGUGGGGUAAGGCCUCACUUAAAUUAAGGUUAUCUAUCAAAAGUUUUCUCGGUAGUCCAGUACAUCUGUUGGGAAACACUGAUAAUUUAAAAAUAAAGGGAAAAAUACAUUGUCUAUUAAAAUUUCAAUACAAAAAUAUUAUUUAAACAGUUGUCAUAUUAUUUUAUUAGGUAAUGUAACAUUUUGUAAUUCAUAUAUAAUUUAUAUUUAAAUGUGUCAUAUAUUUUUUUUUUUUUGUUUUACUUGGAUAAAAUUUAAUAUAAAGAUGUCUGAAAAAAUAUUUUUUGUAAUACGAGUUACACUAUUAUAGUAUUAGUAUUGUAAUAUUUUAUUACUUAUUCAUUUUUAUGUCAUUAAGAUUAUACAAUGUAUUAUUGUUAUUUAUCACUAAAUUAUUAUUAUUUUUAUGUACAUAAAAUAUAUAUUCUGUCUUAAAUAAGUUUAAAAAUAAUCUAUAAAAUGACUAGUAAAAUAGUGGCUACUAAAUAUUUUCAGUUAUAAUAAUAAUCAAUUUUUUUGUUCUUUUUUUUACCUAAGUCAUGUGUUCAAUAAUUAGCAUUUGUAUUAUUUAUAUUUUAUAAAUAUGUCAUAUGUAAUAUUUUUCAUGAUUUAUAAGUAUUUUGUGACUGUUUCUGUGAUAUUUUAAAUUAUUAUUUUUAUGAAUUAGUACUUUGUGAUAUUUACUAUAGAGUCUGAUGUAUUUAUUAAGAUUAAAUGUAUUAUUAUUUUUAACUAUGGAUUAUUUUUUUAUUUUCAAAUUAAAAAUAAUAUGUAUAUUGCAAUAUUGUUGUCAUAAUAUUUUGUAGAACUAUUAAUUUUUCAUUACAUUUUAGUUAUGUCCAAAUAGAUUGCAUAAUAAUAUUCAAAUGAUGAAAACUAUUAAAAAAAAAAAAAUUCAUUUUUUUAUAUGACAUAAUAAAUUUAUUCUAUGAAUUGUUUUCUUAACCAUAUUUUAUAAUUAAACUAGAUUAAACCUGAUUGUUUUUUUAUAAAAUAUAAAUUUGCAAUUAAAAUAUUUUUUUGUUAUUUUUCAACACAAAAAUAUGUAUAUUGUUUGUUUUUUUAAUCACAGUUUAUUUACACUAUUCUUAUAAAUUAUUAUACAAUUGUAUUUUUAUAAAAAUACUGUAGUAAUUUUGUUAAAUAAUGUAAUCAUUUAGUACUGAUUAAUUUUACUAAAUUUUUUGGUUUAUAUUAUUAUUUUUUUUUAAUUUUGUGAUUUCUUGUUGAGUUUUGUAAUUUUUUUAAUUAUAAUUUCUAAAAAUAAGUACUAUUAAGUUUAUUAUAACAUUUAUCUAUUUUAUUUUUGUUUUAUAUUUUUUGUUCAAAUGUGUUGAACACUAUCUAAAAUAAUAUUUUGUUAUACAAUUUCUGUACUUUAUAUACGAUUAGCGGUUAAUAUAUUUUUAAGAAAACAUUAAAGAUUAAUAACAUAUUUUUAAUAUUUUUAUGAUGUUAUUAAAUUAUACAAUUAUAUCUUUUAAAUUAAGUUUUCCUCAAACACAGUAGCAGCAUAUUUAAAGUGUCCAUUGUUCAAUAAACUUAGUUCUGUUAUUAUUCUCCAUGUGUAUAUUAACCCAAAAUAUGUAUUGGUUAAAUAACUUAAAUUAUGUAUUUAAUUAAUUUUGAUUUGUUAUACCUAUACAAUGUAUGCACCAUACAACAAGUUUCCGAAUUAGACACUUUAAAAAAAUGUUUUCCAUUUUAGAGUUAUCAUUGGGAUUACUCUUAAAUUUACAUUUUCUUAAAGUAGGUUUUACUUCAUUUAUAUAAAUAUAUCUUUGUACUUAAAAAUUAAAAUUUAUUCUUCAACAAGCUGCCCUUUUAAUAAUUCCUAGUCAUUUCUUCCUGUGAAAAAAAUGCAGAUGUACCAGUCAAUUUUGGAAUCAUUUUAGACAAAAGGUAAUUCAAAAAAAAAAAAACAUUUCGCUUUUUUAACCAUGUAGAAAUAAAUCUAUGACUUGUGUUAAUUGAAAUAUUGGCCUAAACGAAUCAUAGAAGUUUACAGGUUACAUCAAUGCAGAUAUUUACUUCGAACAUUAUUCUACAUCUUUAACAUCGAACAAUUAUCAAGAUACAAUUUCGUUGCUACACCAAAAUUAAUGUUACAAAAUGUCAGCAUGUUCAAUAUUGGACUUCAAUAAGUAUACUAAGGAAAUAUUAAAAAAUAAUUUUCAGAUUUCCCGUGUAAUACUUGGCUUAAUAUUUUGUGAAAAUUUAAAGCCUUUGAAACCUCAAAUAAAGUUAUCUUUAUAUAUGUUAAACAUAUAAUUUAUUUAUCAUAAUAUAUUAAUAAAUGUAUUUUUAUUUGUUUUUGCUAGGUAUCGAGGACAAUUCGAGGGGCAUUUCGACCUAGGUAUUGAUCGUCCUCCAGAGUAUACAACUAAUUAUGCACAAUUUGAUCCACAUUUCGCAAUGGAUCCAAAUUUAGUUCGUGAUUGGGAUGAAAUUCGAGAUAAAGAAAUCCGAGAAAGAGAAAAAGAAAAGAAAGAGGCAGAAGAGAAACUAAAUAUAAAAUCAAAAAGUCGAUCGCCGAUCAAACAUCAUAAAAUCGAGAGACAGAGACUAGAACUUAAACCUUCCCCUGAAAAGAAUCAAAAAGACUUGGAUAAAAAAGACAAAGGAAAAAGAAAAAAGAAAAAAGAUGCAGAUGUUGACAAGAAAAAGAAAAAAAAGAGCAGAGAAAAAAAAGAAAAGGACGAUAAUAAAAAAGUUGAUGAUAAAGAAGAUGGAAGUAUUGAGAUUGAAACUAAGGUUGAGAUUGAAACUGGUCAAGAGAACCAAGAACCUGCUGCUCCAGGCACGUCUGAAUCACCUCCACCUUUUGAUUCUGUUCCCGAAAAAAACGAUGAUAUUAAAAUUAAACGCGAAGAAAAUGUCAAAGAUGAACUUUAUGGAGACUUGGAUGAAGAAGCACCUGUGGACACUAGUUGGGGUAGUUAUAAGAGCCCUAAUAAUACUGAAACUGUUUUAAAAACUAUAAAUGAACAAGAUUCUAUUGAAGAAAAACCAAAAGAAUCGGAAGUUCUUGCAGAAUUGCCUGAACGAUCAAAAUGGGAAGUUGAAGAAGAUGUUCCUGGUACAUUAGAUGAUAAAUUUGAUUCCGACAAACAACCAAAAGAGGACCUAUUAAUCAAUUCAGAAUUUCAAAAUGAUAGUAAUCAAGUUUCAGUUACAAAUGAAGUAUUGAAACGUGCAGAAAAUGCUAUAUUCCAAAAAACUGUUCGAACAUUAGAUGUCCCAGGCAAAAAGACUAUUGUAGAUAAAACUGAUGGCACCAGAGAUAAAAAAACAGAAAUAUUUAAAGACAAAAAAAAUGAACCUGAAAAAUAUCUUAGUAAAGAGAAAAAACCAGAUAUCGUGAAAGAAAAGAAGACUGAUAUUUGUAAAGAGAAAAAGACAGAAAAUGUUAAAGAAAGAAAAGUUGAUGUAAUUAAGGAUAAAAAAGUGGACACCAUUAAAGAUAAAAAACCUGAUGUUUCAAAAGAUUUUAAAGAUAAAAAAGCUGAUGUUCAUAAAGAUAAAAAAACAAACUUAAAAGACAAAAAACUCGACAUUGUCGUCAAAGAUAGAAAGACAGAUCGUGAACAAAAAUCCAAUGACAAGUCGGAGAUUAAAACCUCAUCUGAAAAGUUGUUGAAAAAAGAUGAGCUUACAACGAAACAUAAAGAUAAAAAAAAAAUAGAAUCCGAAGCUGCAUUGGAUUCAUCAUCUAUACAGAGAGAGGCCAGAAAAUCAGGUAAUUCAAUACAAAUAACAAUACCAACUGAUACAUUAGAUGAUAAAAAAAUCAAAGAUGGUACAAAACGUAUAUCAGCUAAAGAUAGAUUGGGUGAAAAAAUCGAAGACAAAGAUGACAAACAUUUCAAGUCAAGAAAUGAAAAACGAAAGGCUUCUCGAUCUCCAAUACGUGUGCACUCUACACUUAUUGUUCCUGAACAACUUGGUAGAAAAAUCAGAGCAACAUCUAAAAGUCACAGAGAUAUGUUAAAAAAGGACCAUGGGAACUCUAAAAACGAGAGAAACGUGAUGUCUACCCAUCGGCUUCCACGACGCGAAGAUGACAAAAAAUUGGAUCAGCAAAAGAAAUCCUCUGAAACUCGUAGAGUAGUGGUUAGAACAGAAGACAAACACCAUCGGGCAAGUGAACAAAAAAUUGUGGCUAAGAAAGAUGACCGAUCGGAGAAAAAAGACUUCAAGAAAAAAGAAGAAAAACGUGAACAGGAUGUUAAAAAAAUAAAACCAAAGGAAAAAGCACUGGAGAAAAAAGAACGCAAAAACCGUCGUCUCGAACCAGACCUUAAAGUGUGUGAUGAGACGAUGUUUGAAACCAACGAAGAUGAUGAUGAAGAUAUUAAAAAAUUAUCCAAAGAUAAAGAAACAGACGAUUCAGAAAGUAGUUUCAGUAGUUCAAGCUCCUCAUCAGAUUCGUCACCAGUGCGAACCAAAAAGAAGAAGAAGACGAAAAAACGAAAGAAGAAACACGGGAAGAAAAAGAAAGUGGCUAGUAGUACAGACACUGAUGAUUCAGAAACGUCCUCGGAAUCGGACGAAACUAGCAGCAAACACAAGAAGAAAAAGAAGAAAGAGCAGCGCAAACAUAAAAUCCAUAAAAAACCGAUCAAGAAAAAGAAAAAGACUAAACAUAGGUAAAUUAAUCAAUGUGAUUUAUGUCCAAAUAUUAAAUUUUCUACAUUCAUUGUACAAAAGUUAAACUCGUUUUUAAUUGUUUUACUAUUUAGAUUAUAGGUACACUACUAAAAUGAUUUUUUUAUUAUUCAUAAUUGAUCAUUUAUUUAUUUAUAUAUAUAUAUAAAUAUUUAUAUGUAUGUAUAUAGACGUUGUUAAUUUACAUUUUGAGUUUAUCUACCUAUCUGAUUGUAUGCAUUAUUGUUGUUGUUAAGACGUUUCUAUGUACAAGUACUACAUCACUCAUAAUAUUAUUUUUGUAUAUAUUGACAAUAACUUAUUACCUACGUAGCAAAACGUGUUAAAAUAUAAAUGUGUGUACUGAAUGCAAUGUGUCAUUAUUAUUUUAAUUUGUAUAUAUGUGUUGUAGAGUUGAUAAUAUG